GGCGCAGGGCGCUGAUUCGGUGAUAGGUGCCAGCAGGGUGCCGCGGCCGCUGUUGGUUGUAGCUGGUAGGACUGCCGCGGUCCCUGCUCCCGGGAAACCGUCCCGGGCCCUCGACCUCCAGCCCCGCGCGGUUGGGGACGGAGACUGAGUGGAAGUGGCUUCGUGGGGUGCCGCUGCGAACUCCCUGUCGGGGUCUCCGGGGCCUGGAUGGUUGAGCGGCUCACCCAGAAAGGCGGUGGAUCACAUUUCCCAGGAUCACACCUACCUGGGAAGAGGAAAGUUUUUCCCACGUUCCAGUAGGAACGAAGUGGCCCCUGAGAAGCCUGGCUCCUCUGCAGCCUGGGCCCAGAUCCUACCGGAGGGAGGUAGCCACUGGGUCUGGGGGACUGGCCGCAGCAGCGUGAAGCAGCAGCAGAGGGGCGGCAGGAUGAAUGUGGGCACAGCACACAGCGAGGUGAACCCUAACACGCGGGUGAUGAACAGUCGUGGUAUCUGGCUGUCCUACGUGCUGGCCAUCGGACUGCUCCAUGUCGUGUUGCUCAGCAUCCCCUUUGUAAGCGUCCCUGUCGUCUGGACCCUCACCAACCUCAUCCACAACAUGGGCAUGUACAUCUUCUUGCACACAGUGAAAGGGACCCCCUUCGAGACUCCGGACCAGGGUAAGGCCAGGUUGCUGACCCACUGGGAGCAGAUGGACUACGGGGUCCAGUUCACGGCCUCCCGGAAGUUCCUGACCAUCACCCCCAUUGUGCUCUACUUUCUCACCAGCUUCUACACCAAGUACGACCAGGUCCACUUCGUGCUCAACACUGCGUCCCUGAUGAGCGUGCUCAUUCCCAAGUUGCCUCAGCUGCAUGGAGUUCGAAUUUUUGGCAUCAAUAAGUACUGAGCGGGCAGGGAGGAAGACGCCCUCGCCACCAUGCUGAAGGCGGAGCUGGGAUGCUGCGGGGCCGAGUGCCCCUGGCCAAGUCCCCUUCACUUCCCCAGUAGCAACUCGGAGUAGCUUGUAGUGGGGUUGGCGGGGGCCCUGGGCUCCCUAACUCUUUCUGAAUUUUUUGAUCUUUUCUUUUUGCCUUUUGAGUAGAGACUCCAUGGGGUGGGCAGGGAAGGGGCUGGGCUCGGGUUGACCGCAGACCCGCUAGUUUGGGCCAGGAGCCCGAGGAAGAGCUUGCACGAUGGUGUCCCCAAAGCACUUUACCCCCUGAGCAGGGAGUGAGGGCUGGUACGCUGCCGGAUGUGUUCCCAGAGGUCUCGGUCUCGGGGUGUGCUCUGAGUUUCUGUACAGAUCGCAGGAAGUGUGUGAUGGUGCCCAGCCCUAGUCUAAUGCCAACCUCUGGCCUGGGUAGGGUGGGAGGGGAGGAGCUGCACCAUCAGGUCCUGAUGGAGGCUGGGAGAGGGAGUGGGUGAGCUGGGGGGAACGAGCUGGGUCUUUGUCUUUGAAGUGGGGGCCACACAGAUGGGUGUGGAGGGGUCGGGUGGGGAGCAGGACCCAGCGUCCUCCUUGGGGUUGUAGGGGCUGUGCUUGGGAGGAUGGUGGACUGGUGGUUGUUCCAGGUGGAAUGGAGGUGGCAGUUGGGCAGGUUUGAGGCUCCUGGGUGGUGGGAGGAGUGUAGACAGGCAGAGGAGGUGGCCUGGGAGCUACCACCCUCUGUGGCGGUGUGAGGGCUGUACAUGGGGGAAGCUGCAGCAGAAAUGAUGGUGGGGGCCCUGCUCAGCCCCACACCCUGUACUCUCCUGGGAACAGGUGCUGGGGCAGGGCUUCUGCAUGGUGCCCACACAGGGUCAGGGAGCCACCCAGCACAGGUCGCUGGGCUGCCAGACCCCUGCCCAAGUAGGGCAUGGCAGAAGCGUCGAGUGGCCCAAAGGAGGAGCCUGAACCUGGGCUGCCUAGGAGCCCCUGUCCGCUGCCUUGUGGCCAGGGCACCUCACUUGUCGGGGCAGGUCCGGGAUGGGAGGACAGUUGCUCGCCCUGGUUUUGUCUCCUGGCCCACCUCACCCCGUGCGUCGUAGGGAACUUCACCUUAAAACCUUUCUAAGCAAAGUGUGAAUAGGAUUUUUACUUCCUUUGUACAGUAUUCUGAGAAACGCAAAUAAAGGACGAUAUGUUCCUGA